AUGACACGGUGGAAGCAGACUAAGGUGGACGAGCGCUCGGAGCUCGCCUCCAAGUUCCUCGACUCCUUAAGGAGCGAGGCAUACAUCAUAGCAGAGGACCUGGGGGCAGAUAUCCUCUUUUCGAACGACAACAUCCCCAAGGUCGUGGAAGCGGAGUUGUACCGCCUGGGUACGCAGGUCGGAGGAAUGCUGUCGCGACAGCCAAGGGGGCCGAUGGUAUCCUACAUCGACAGGAGAAAACGUUGGCUACGGAAGCUCCUGCAGCUGGUUAAAGCGACGCAUAUCCGCGAAGCUGUCCUCACAGACUUGCUGCUGGAGAACCCGGGACUCAACCGGAAUGAGCGGUUGAUGGUCCUGACGUCCAUGGGCGGCUCUACCGCUACAAAGGACGCAGAGAAAGCGCUGAUCAAGAUGCACAGUCGCAUCCACACGUUGGAGCGACGCACGCCCGGCACCAAAGGUGACCGAGGCAAGGGCAAAGGCCAUCCCUUUAGGGGAGGCAAAGGUAAGGGUAAAGGAUACGGAAAUUGGUCCCAGAAGGCAACCUCGUACACGUACCUUUCCGCGGUCGAAGAUCUUUUCGAUUCCUAUCAGGACGACGCUGAAGAUGGUACGGCCUUCGUGGCCGAUGAGGGAGAACAAGACGACUGGGUGUACCAUGGAGACGAAGGUCCCGUGGACGAAGCGUACGACGACACCGAGCUGGUGGCCCAGACAGCCGACGCAUCCCUAAGGGACGUCGAGCUUGACGUCUUCACUUCCUUUCUUUGUUCUGAAGGUUUCGACGAGAACGACCGUGAAAGCCUAGCCUUUUUGGCCGACGUCGUGCAAAGCGAUUCGGUCGCUUUCAUGGCGCGCAGCAAGGGCAAGCCUGUGAGCACCAAAGGUGCGCACGGCUACCGCCCUAGGGCUACGGGUCUGACGGUGGAAGACCGCAGACGCAAGCUCCAGGAGAUAAAGCUCCGGAGCGCAGGAAAGCCGUCAGUGAUGGAUAAGUCCACACAGACCUGCAGCCUAGGAGGCACUCCAAGCCUCUCCGACAGUGAGAGCGAGAGCCAGAGUUUCGAGCCCGAGGCAGCGGCGAACUACGUCGCUCCCUCCACGGAAUGGGAUACUGUACAGUACCCAGACGGCAGCGAACAGCUGUUUCGCUUCUUCAUGCACAAGGGCAGCACUUACCUUGAGGUUGUGCAGAACCACCCAGACUACUACCACUGGGGCCUCAAGGAGAAAGAGCCGAGCACCAUGCUUGAGGCAUGGGUGUAUCGGAACUUCAACGUUCCACCCGUUGGUGGUGGAGGGCCGACGUUCAGGGCUGUCACGCUGCCGGUGGAGGUGGACACUCUCGAGAAGGCGAGAAGAGCGGUGACCUUGGACAAGGAAUCCACCUUCACGAAGUUCGAGGCAGGAGACGUGGUCAAACGGGCCGCGCGCAUGGCGGCGUCGCCACCCAGCGGAGAGGGCUGUGGUGGCCGUGAGAAGUUCGCCGGAAAGGCGAUAGGAGAGAAGGAUGAUCCCUCAGGGGACAUCACUCUGGACCUUGCUGCCGGAGCUGCCGAGGGAGCGCAGCAAGGCGAUGAUCCCUUAGGGGACAUCAGUCCGAAGAGCAACGCCAGCAGCGACAGCGAGCUGGCCGCUCCUUUGGAAGAGGAGAUCGCGAAACCGCGACUCCCGUUGGUGGAUCCUUUUCAGGACCACGAGAACGUCUCUGGGUUAUGCUGGACGAGGGCUGCAACCAGACGUGCCAUGGAACAAGGUGGAGACGACACAGCGAAGGGGAUUGGUGCCGCAAAGGCCGUGGGGAAGUACGUGAUGCCUUUUGCGCUGCAGAUCUCUCCAGAGACUGGCAGCAAGCGCCGCAGCACGCGUCUGCAGGGCGAGCUCUCCAGCACGGAGCUGGACUCGCCGGACGUGCUGUGCCUUUUGUCCUUGCAGGACCAGGUUCAGCUUGGACUGGUCAAGGACUUGAGGCGCGGUGUGUGCCAGAUUUCCGGCUACGCCGGGAACCUGCAGCUGGCAAGGCACUCGAAGACCGGCCUGCUCCUCCAGGAAAGGCGCACAGUCUCGAUCCCGUGCAGGGACGAGAAAGCCUCGAUCCCUUUGAGGGACGAGAGCGUUUCAGCAUACAUGCUGUCAGAGUUGGUUCGCGAGCAGGAGAGCCAACAGAAGAAAGUCCUCUGGGUGACCCUUGGCCUUGAGAAACUGGAGUUUUCUCACAGGUCUCGCAAGGUGUACAACGGCCUCACCAAGUUGAUUGAAGGUUCUCCGAAGCAGAAAUCGUAUACCUUUUCGUUGAACGAGAAACGGCACGAGGAUAUUUUGCUGGAAUCACUUCGGACAAACUUUAGUCGUUUUCAGGACUUUACGGACAAUCAAAUAGUAUUCUUGGACUGCCGCGACAUGCACGAUCCUGACAAGGACAAGUCUACAAGAGACCACUUGGGGACCCACCCGAAGAACCUCCAUGACAUGAUCUUGAAUCCUCGCAAGAAUCACAAAUGGAUGGCUUUCGCGGAGGAAGUAAUCCCCGCAGUCCACAAGCUGAUCCAAGACCAGGACAGCGCCGUGAUCUUUGCAUUUUGCAAGUCAGGAAGACACCGGUCGGUCGCCAAUGCGAAGCUGUUGCAGGAGAUCAUCAAGGACCUGUACAACGUGGAGGCGGAGAUUAUCCACUUGUCGGACGGCCCCAACUGGAGGCACCUUUGUGGAAUCUGCGACCUCUGCAACUGGCGCGACCCAGAGGCACAGAGGGUAGCGAACGAGGUCAUAGACAAGGCGACCGAGAAGUGGCACGACUUCGUGCCCAAG